CUUCAACCUGCUCUGUUGCAGUAGUGUUUUGAACUGUUGUUCUUAUCUUCUUCAAAUGGCUCUCUACUACAGCUCGACUGCCACUCCCGCCGGAGCCGGCGGCAUACUCCGAUCCGGGGCCGGGAAGGACCACAGCCUCUUCACUCUCAGCUCCGCUUCUUUCUCCCACGGCAAUGACUACUCUCCCACCACUUUCGCUUCGCUGCGAGCUUCUGCGGAUUCGGCUCCCAAAGCCCGGUUCGUGGCACGGCGGAGGGAAUCUAUCUCCGUCAGCCAACUUGGGCGUCCUCUAACGGAGUAUAUGAGCUUGCCGGCGAGUCAGUACUCGGUGCUGGAUGCCGAGAGGAUAGAGAGGGUGGAUGACAACACGUUCAGGUGUUAUGUCUACAGGUUCAAGUUUUUCAAUUUUGAAGUUUGCCCUGUUUUGCUGGUUAAGGUUGAGGAGCAGCCUUAUGGCUGCUGCAUUAAGCUCUUGUCCUGUAAGCUUGAGGGUUCACCCAUUGUGGUCGCGCAGAAUGACAAAUUUGAUGCUUCUAUGGUGAAUCGGAUCUCAUGCGAUACCAACCAAAGCAAUUCAUUGGUACAGCAACUUACUUCUGAUGCUGUCAUUGAGGUGAGCAUUGAAGUCCCUUUUGCUUUUAGACUACUUCCAGCCGGAGCAAUUGAAUCAGCCGGGACAGGGGUCCUGCAACAGAUACUGGGCAUCAUGCUUCCCCGCUUUAUGCAGCAGCUUGUGAAGGACUAUCAAGCAUGGGCCUCCGGUGAUACCUCAAGACAGGCACUUGGAACGGGUGAGAUAUGAGAACUUGAAGCUUUUCUGGAGGUGGAAAUCAUUCGAUAGUUUCGAGUUCGUGCCACACCAUUAUUAUGCAGAGUAGAGACAGUAUUAGCUGCAGAACUUUGUCCUUCUUAUCUGUUAUUUCUCCAGAUCGGAAGUAGUGAAUUUAUGUGACACUGUAAAUUAUGACGAUGUUAGUUACAUGUCUAUUACAUUCUUCUUUCUAAGACUGGAUAAGAAUUCUCCUCACACAGUUGGAAAAUGGGUCUGCCCUUUAUCUGGCUGGUGGUCACUGCCUGCUCAGUGUGCUGGUAGCAACAUAUCUAGGUUUUCAUUCCACCUACGGCUCGAAUUUUGCGAUCUAUGAAACCUUCUGCAGAUGCUCUUAUUAGCAAGCUAUGAAUCUAUCCUGGUUGAUGGCUCAUAAGCAACCUCUAUAUUGAAUCGGUCUGUUCGCUCAUUUGCAAACUCUCCUACAAUGGAGAUCGACUGACCAGUCUCCUCUGGGUCUCGACAGCGAAUCACAUAUGAAAUUAUGAAGUGUUGCAGAAGCCUGUAAUGCCCAUAUGUUCAAGCAAACGAUGCAUUUUCUCUUCUCCGUCUUCCCAAGUAAAAACCAAUGAAAUUACUUGACUUGGUAGAAUGGAUUUUCCCAGGCUUGAACCUGAAGGUCCACUUCAUUUGAUGUUGAUUCACGCAUUAAAAAUACAUUCGAGAA